AUGCUUCAACUGGGCAGCCGUAAUGCACGCCGUCUCGGAGCUUCGUAUAUUUGCGCUACAUGCCUAGCCAGACCUCGGCCCUCGUUCGCGCAUCGUGCCGCGAUAAUACCUAGCCAUCAUGGCCGGCCAUUCUCGACAACAAUCCCACGAAGAGCUGAGGCGAUUACCGAGGACCCGGCUCCCAGUGACAAGGCCGCGGACAAGGUAGCCGAACCGCAGCCUCCGUCCAAAAAACCACCUCCCAAGAAAGGAAAGAAGUCCAAAAAGUCAAAGCCAAAAGCGCCUGCAGGAUCCGGUGCGAACCAGAACAACCUCCGGGCAGCGAAGCCGAAAAACCCUCCGACCACGACACCCGAAACAGAUGCGCAGCGUCAAAUACAGGUCUUGCAAGGGGCGCUUGCGUCACUGAAGAAGGUCCUUGCUGCGCAGAACAUCGAUAUCGGGAAGACUGGAAAGCCCAGUCAAGAGACCGCGGCCACCCCUUCGACAAAGCCGGGGACUAAGAAGAAAUCGAAAUCGAAACCGAAAAAGGGGAACGCCGAAGAGACCUCAACCCCGACUGCGGAGAAGGAGGAUGGACAGACAUCCACAGAAGGACAGCCAGCGAAACCCACCGCAGGCAACAUAGUCCGCCUCGUCAAAUCAAGGAACAAGGCCUCGAAGUCGAAAGCGAGAACACCCCGUUCAAAAGAGGUAGUUCCAGCAUCUCCUUCUGGCCAUGAGGUUGAACAAGCCCAAGCUGCGCCCAGCAAGAACCCCUUCCCGGGUGAGCCAUACGAUUUCAACACGAAAUCCAGCCCUUUUUCGACGGCGAAAGAACAAUGUACCAAAGGCCCGCCAGAGAUUCGCAAAAUAGCGGGCAAGCAGAUCAAAGGCGAAAAUGCCUCGAAGGCUGCAUCCAGAUACAUGGGGAAGCCCUUUUCGGGCGAGCUACCGCCCCCCGACAUAUUGAAUGAUCUCGAUAGCGAAGCGAGACCGGUGAGAAAGCAUGGUCGCGAGAGCAAAACGAGACCGGGGAGACUAAGCUUAAAGAUCUCCACCAUCAAUCCCAAGGCGACUGCGCUUGUCCCUAUGAGCACCGAACAACCUGCCGUCCCAACAUUGACAUACGGGUUGGAGAGGGUGUUGUUCAAUCCCGGCGUUUAUCAACUUCAGGACCCCCGAUCCCGUGUCUACAAUUUUGACCCCUACCUGUCUCAGAUCAUGCCGAUUCAAGAGUUUGACUUCAACGCUUUGAAGCAAUACGUGACAUCUUCCAAGGACACCACGCUAAUAUCGAUUGCGAAAGAGAACGAAAAGAAAUACACGGGGUCCACGUCUAGCAUGACAUCGAUGCUUUCCCAUUUCCACUAUCUACUGUCCUCGUGGCGGGACAUUAGUACGAAUAUGCUGUCAAGAAACUUCGAGCCCGAUUCCAAGCGAUUCACCCAGAUUAUGAGGGCUCCGGCAGCCAUCUUCUUGCAUUGGAAGAACGGGACCUACGCGAUCGACGCCGACAAAGAGUUCGACACUGCCAACAUCCUCAGUAUGCUUGGGAAAUCUAUGGAGAAGCUUUUGACACUCUCCAAGGAAGAUUACGAAAAGUACCGUCACGUCAACUCCGACCAGAUAACGGAAGAGGAGCGCAAUGCUGAGGAGGCCUACCACUACACAGGCUUCGGUGACUUCAUGAUGCGGUCUCAGCUGGACGCAUACGACCCGAGAGUCCCCGGCACUGGUAUGUUUGACUUGAAGACUCGUGCGGUUGUAUCAAUUCGGAUGGACGCCAAAGGUUACCAGAAAGGCCUUGGCUACGAAAUUCGAAACCGUUUCGGUCAGUGGGAGUCGUUCGAGCGAGAAUACUAUGACAUGAUCCGGUCUGCAUUCCUGAAGUAUUCACUCCAGGUUCGCAUGGGACGCAUGGACGGUAUCUUUGUCGCAUUUCACAACACCCAACGUAUUUUCGGCUUCCAAUACAUACCGCUCUCUGAAAUGGAUGAGUCAUUACAUGGUACCUCCAAUACGACUCUGGGUGAUAGGGAGUUCAAGCUCAGUCUGCGCCUCCUUAACGACCUUCUGAAUCGCGCCACCAAGAAGUUCCCAGAGCAGUCGCUGCGACUGCACUUCGAGACGAGAACUUCUACUACUGCGCCAUUCAUGUACGUCUUUGCCAAGCCGGUUCAACCCGGCGAGAUUGAACAGGUACAAAGCGCUGGAAAGGCUUCUGUGGAGGCUUUCGAGAGGGACAUUCUCGGCAUGAGCAAGGACGUGACUGAGACUCAGUCCGGGCCGGUGGCCCAGAACGAUGAAGCUAUCGAAGAGGAUAUCGAGGAGGAAGAGGAUCCCGCCGCUGAAGAAAUGACAACCUUCGCUGCAUGGGAAGAAGCGCGCCAGAUGGUUGAGGAUGCCAUGGAUGAUGAUGAAUUGGGCGUCGGAACAGUCCGUGAAGCGAUUGAAGACGCGCUCGAACAAAGUGGGAUCUUGCGCGCGAGGUCUUCGACAGAGGCGCGGGAAUACGUCGACGCACUGUUGGGGGCCAUCACUGGCAAGGCACCUUCUGACCUAGCCGAUUCUCCGUCGGUCCUUGCGGUGGAAGAAGAUGCGCACGAAGACGCGUCCGAGAAUGAUCACGAGCCUGGGGACUCUACCUCGACAAAUAUCGACGAGCCUCUUCAGUCAACGGAGCUGCAUAGCGAGGAGCCGCUGCGCGUCUCUGAAGACGUCCAGGUAGAUGCAUCCAAGGGCCUUGAGGGAUCACCCGACACGCCGGCCAGCGCGCACGAGGAGAGCUCAGAAUCCAGUCCCGAAUCUCGUCAAGCCGCAACAGAGUCGUCUGAACAGGCUCAAGUCGAAGCAACACACAAGCUAGGCACUCUCAAAGAGGAGCAUGACGAUGGCUCAUUUGGGACGAGGGGCUCACUGUCCCCUGGUGAGACCGUCAUGGACCAGACAAGCACCAGCGCCACAAGAGAAAUGGAAGAGAAAGUCGAAGAAGAAGAAGAGGAGGAGGAGGAAGGAGACGAUCUGGAAGAUGGCGGUUCAAAGGGGGAGACGAGUCCUGCAGACAUGUCACAUUUGAGAGAUCUCAUUCUGCGUAUGGCUCAGAGAAUCGACGAGAGAGUGGUUUCCAAGCGUGACGGCAUCGACGAACUCGACGACUCUUCCAAGCUAAGAGCAUUUGAACGGAUCUUGGGAGAUCUGAUAUCUCGAUCCAGGGUCAACGUGGUCGAGCAGGGGUCUAUCGAGUCAACGCCAGAAGCAAACACGAGAUCGAAGACAAACUCCAAUGACGAAGUGGAGCAGGCAGACGCCCAGUUGAUUGAUAAACCCAACACACAAGACAAGCAACCAGCAGCGACGACACAAGGCGAUGCUGGGGCUCGGGAUCAGCCAGUCGAGGAGGAUCUCGAGCAAGGCGAGCUCUUGGGAAUGGUCUUGACUGUGAAGAACAAAGUGAAUGGAAAAUACGAAGACCGACCCGAGAGGCUCACAAAGCGGGACGAGUGGCUUGUCCAGUACAACAUCGAGGAAAUACCAGAUGAGCGUGCACGCAAAAUUUACAGCCAGGUCCAGGAAAGGCGUCGCAAGACAUUCGAGGACACUGGAGAUAAAGAGAAGGAAUGGUACAAGAUGUUCCGCGGUCAACUCGACGAGCGCACCCAACGUGGCCGAAGAUUCAGAGCCAAGGAGUCCAAAAAUGCUGCGGGACGUCCAGUCCACGUAGUGGACCAGGACAUGCCUCUCAAGUAUGAAGAUGUCUUUGGGGAGCUGCCAGAAGAAGAGCAGCCGCUUGAGGAGACUUCUGAGUACGACAUGGAGAAUGACGAUGUGGAUGAUCUCAUGGACGAGCCGGAGGGCUCGGACUUGGAGAGUACGGAGGUUGAGAACCACACAGAGGAUGAGCAGGUCAUAGAGUUGGCUCCCGAGGUCGAGCCUGCUGAAGCAACGCUGCCGGAGGUGGAUAGCCAGGCUCAGGAGGCGGACACGGAAACUGCUCAGGAUGUGGACAUGGACACUGCUCACGACGUGAACACGGAGAUUAAGCAGGAGGUGAACAAAGAGGGUACUCAGGAAGCGGACACAGAGAGCAACAAGGAGGCGGACUCGGAGAAAGCUCAGAACGUGGAAACGGACGCGACGGACAAAGGUACAGAAGACGCCAUACCUGAGGAAGCAGCCAACAGUAGUCCCGAAGAGGAGAAAAAGAAGGAGGACUAA